AUGAACAUCCUCCGCUCGUCUGUGUCGAGGCUCUGCGGGGUCAUCAGGAUGCAAAGCCCUCCUGCCACAGCCCCCGCCCCCCUCCGUCUCUUCAGCAGCUGCCUCCUGUCCCGACACCCCCGAGCGGGACCGUCCCACUCCGGCCCGCUGAUGUCCCACGCAGAGGGGGCCGCCGCGCUCUUCCCACAGCCUCCCUGGCAAAUCCAACAGCUCCGGACGGCCAAGAGGGGCACGGAGUAUCAGCCCAAGAACAUCAAACGCAAACGCACCCACGGCUGGAUCAAGAGGUGCAGCUCGAGGGGGGGCAUCGAGGUCCUGCUGCGGAGGAUGCUGAAGAGGAGGAAGUCUCUGAGCCACUGA